UUUUUCAGCCACAAACCGAGAGCAUAGCAUCGAGCUGAUAAACUCUCCCCUCUCUCUCUCUCUUCCUCCCUCCCCCCCCACUUCUGCUCCCUUUCUCUUUGUUGUCUUUCUGUGACACUUCCAUGGUACCUCACCUCUCCUUCCGCAGCUCUACCACCGCCCCUCCUCCCCUCUUCUUCAUCCGUUCCCCUCCCCUCUUCACCCACUUCAAGCCCCCGCCCCGGAGAGCCCAUUUCCCUAUCACCGGAAUCUCUAAUACCGACACCAACCCAUUCUCCCAACCCCCCAAUAGGAUCCCCCAGCAGCCUCAGCAGCAGCCCAGGACCCUCUUCCCUGGCGGCUACAAGCGCCCCGAGAUCAAAGUCCCCACUCUCAUCCUCCACCUCACCCCCGACGACGUCCUGAACAAUGGGGAAGGCGUGGAUUUGGUCGACGAGGCAGCGUCGGGCCGGGUCGGGAUCGUGGUGCUGAGUGGUGGGGAGGGGACGGGGAAGAGCCUGUACGAGGCUGCCUGUGUAGUGAAGUCUGUUGUCAGGGACAGGGCCUAUUUCUUGAUUGCUGAGAGGGUUGACAUCGCCUCCGCCGUCAAUGCUAGCGGGGUUUUGCUCUCCGACCAAGGGCUUCCAGCAAUUGUGGCCCGUAACAUGAUGGCGGGUUCAAAAUCAGAAGCAGUGUUUCUCCCUUUGGUGGGUCGGACUGUGCAAACUACAACCCCUGCAAUGAACAUCUCUACUUCAGAGGGGGUUGAUUUUCUUAUAUGCAGUAUCAGCGAAGAGAAGAAUGUGAAUAACCUUGUAAAAUCUGUGUUUGAGGAUGUAAAAAUACCAAUUUUUGUUUCACUUUCUUCAAUUGGGAAGUUGGAUUUGCUCAGUGAAGCAUCGAAAUUAAUGAGAUUCGGAGCCAGCGGAUUCGCUAUUUCAUUCAAGGACAUGGGUUUAUUUAGUGAUGGGAUUCUUAGUGGAUUAUUUAACAAUGCAAGCUCAUUGAGGAAUGAAGUAACCAGUGUGCCUGGCAGCUCCAAUGAGCUGAGAUUGUUAGAGAAAAAGAAAGAUCUUCAUGUGAAGAAAAUGGCGGCUGGCUUUGUUAGACUGGAGGAUCGAGAGAAAGAGCUAAUAGAAAUAGAGAGAUCAAUAUUGGGGGAAGCAAUCAAUGUGAUCCAGAAAGCUGCUCCGAUGAUGGAGGAGGUUUCACUUCUGAUUGAUGCCGUUUCUCAAAUUGAUGAGCCAUUUUUACUGGUUAUAGUGGGUGAAUUCAACUCCGGGAAAUCAACUUUUAUCAAUGCACUUCUGGGAGAGAGAUAUCUGAAAGAGGGGGUUGUUCCCACAACAAAUGAGAUCACAUUUCUAAGAUAUUCCGAGUUGGCUUCUGAUGAAGUGCAACGCUGUGAAAGGCACCCGGAUGGUCAGCUUAUAUGUUACCUUCCUGCGCCCAUUCUUAAAGAAAUGACUAUCGUCGAUACUCCUGGGACUAAUGUCAUUCUUCAAAGACAGCAACGGCUUACAGAGGAAUUUGUACCUCGUGCGGAUUUACUUUUAUUUGUUAUCUCUGCUGAUCGUCCUUUGACUGAAAGUGAGGUUGCUUUUCUUCGAUACACACAGCAGUGGAAGAAAAAGGUUGUCUUUGUGCUAAACAAGUCUGACAUAUACCAGAACGCUGAUGAGCUUGAGGAAGCAACGUCAUUUAUCAAAGAAAAUACCCGUAAAUUGCUAAAUGUGGAACAUGUGAAGCUGUAUCCAGUGUCUGCCCGAUCUGCUCUUGAAGCAAAACUUUCAGAUUGCUAUGCUGUUCCAGGCGAGUAUGAAGAACUAUCAGUUUCUGAUCUUCAAUGGAGGACCAGUAGCUUCUACGAACUUGAGCAGUUCUUAAACAGUUUCUUAGACGGGUCAACGAGUACUGGAAUGGAAAGGAUAAGACUUAAACUUGAAACACCAGUUGCAAUUGGUGAGCAACUAAUUUCCUCAUGUGGGUCCCUUCUGAGAAAAGAAUGCCAAGUUGCGCAGCUUGAUUUGGCCUCUCUGCUAGACAUAAUUGACGAUGUUAAAGAAUAUGCCAUUAAGAUGGAAGGCGAAAGUAUCUCAUGGAGAAGACAGAUUUUGUCGCUGAUUGCAACCACAAAAUCCCGUGUCAUGGAACUUAUAGGAUCUACUCUCCAGUUGUCAAACCUCGAUAUUGUUGCUACAUAUGUUUUCAAGGGGGAAAAAUCUGCACGAAUGCCUGCAACUUCUAAGGUCCAAAAUGACAUAAUCGGUCCUGCUCUUCUGGAUGCCCGUAGAUUACUUAUAGAUUAUGUGGUAUGGUUGCAAUCAAGCAACGCAAAGCAAGGAAAGCUAUAUAAGGAAUCUUUUGAGAGAAGAUGGCCCUCACUGGUCUAUCCAGCGAAUGAGGUGUCUUUGGAGAGGCUGGAGUUGCUGAGAAAAGAAAAUGAACUCAGCCUGAAGGUAGUCAAGAACUUUAGUGCUAGCGCUUCGUCCAAGCUUUUCGAGCAAGAAAUUAGGGAAGUGUUUGUGGCAUUAAAUUUAGUUCCUGGGGACUUUUGGUGGACUCGGAGCAGCGGGCCUAUCUGCCUCCCUCCUGACAUCGGUGUUGCCAACCACUCUCGAAGAUCUUCUAGCACUUGGGCUUUGCUCUGCUGGAGGUCUAUUGGCGAUAUCAAAUUUUCCUGGCAAACGGCAAGCAGUGAUCAAUAAGGUGAACAAGGCUGUGGACACAUUUGCCUGCGAAGUCGAAGAGGCCAUGCAAAAGGAUCUCUCAGAAACGAUUGGAAAUAUGGAGAACUUUGUAAACAUCAUCAGCAGGCCUUACCAAGAGGCAGCUCAGCAAAGACUCGACAAAGUACUCGAAAUCCAAAAGGAACUUUCCAGUGUCGAGGAUCGACUUCGGACCCUGCAAAUAGAAAUUCAAAAUCUGCAUGUUUCUUGACAAUUAUAUCAGGUUGAGGUUUGCCUGCUUCAUUGAGGAUAACCCUCCUGGAAGUGUAGUUCAAGCGGUUUUGUAUGCUUUUAGUUUUACAGGGUAGAGAAUUCAUCAACUGUAACACAACAGUGUACGAGGGAAUUCCCGCAUUGUUUCCUUAUUUAAAACAGAUAUAUCCACGUAGAGCUUGCAAUCUUCUGAUGUACUCAUGAAACAUAAAUUUCAGACCGGAUAAGAACAGCAUAAUGCGGUAAUGAAUGUAGAUUAAUGGAUUUCGCUUUUA